AUGGAUAGUGAGACUGAAUCUGGUCGUGACAAAGUAGUAUUUUGUAAUAAUGAUCAAUCAUCAUCACUGGCUGUUCGGGAUUAUGCUCGGCAACUCAGUGAACGCAAACGCCUCGAAGAAGAAAGAAGAAAGGAAGAUAGAUUUUUGCGCCGAUCUUUAAGGCAGUCUGAAAAGUUACGUGCAUUAGCUCGCGCUCAAAAAGUCGCAAAAUAUUACAAACAAGUCAGUGCGGCUGCACAAAAUUUGGCUUUUGAUGGGGCUGAAGGCUUGAAGCAUGACUCUGGGUACAAAUUGGAUGAGUUUGGCUACGGAGGUUUUAUUGAAGGUCUCAGGCACAAGUUGGUCGAACAAAAAGAGGAAGGAGAGUCCUCGGAUAUCGACGAACUCGGCGACGACGAAUGGGAUUGGCUCGCGAAAAAGGUUUCAGACAAGUCUGUUCUUCAGGCUUUCAAUCUUCACGACACCAUUGCAACCGUUUUGGAGCGUACACGCGUCAAGAUGGGUGGUGCACCUAUGAAUACUUGGGCUGGAAACGUUGCAGCAAUUCCUGUGGUCAACGCGGUUACUUCGGAACUUAAGGGAAUUCCUGCAACAAACCGAGUAGCAGAGAUGAAUGAACUUCUUGAACUGCUAAAUAAACCAGAAAUCAGGGGUGCCCUUUCUUCAUUUGACGGUGUUGCCCGAGUUUGGGCUAGGCAGGCAGAGAAAGGACACGAAGAAGACGAUUUUGGACACGAAGACCUAGUGACAAGUGGCGACACUGUUGAACGAACCGUCUUCACAAGUCCCGUAGAGGGGUGUUACAAAAUCCUAGCGGUGGACGAUCAAGGCAACACAGUCUCCACACCAGAUGGGACUACAUUAGUUAAUGUGAUUUUGCAAAAAUCUGGCGAGGAAUUUUUUGGUGCAACCGUCCGAACUGAAGGUUCAGCCAUCGUUAUUGGGCGAAUUGUCAGCGGUGGAUUGAUUGAACGCACAGGUCUACUGAAUGAAGGAGACGAAUUGCUUUCAGUCAACGGGGUGGAUUUAAUGGGCAAGGAUGUAGACCAUGUUUCGCAUAUUCUGACCCACUUUGACGGACAAAUCGACCUACUUGUUGCACCGGUUCUGCCCAUCACCGAGUCGCCACUAAUUCAAGAAGAAACGGUAGCCCAUUUACGCGCGCUCUUCAGCUACGAGCCAAGCAACGAUGUCUACAAUCCCUGUCCCGAAGCGAGCGUUGCCUUCGACAAGGGCGAUAUCUUGCGUAUCCUUAACACCCGCGAUCCGAACUGGUGGCAGGCUCUUCGUAUUGAGGAAACCGGAGCAGUGGGUGUCUCGGGUUCGAUGGCAGGUCUAGUUCCAUCCCCCUACUUCCAGCGUUAUCGAUCCCUCAUUCGCCUGAAAAGGGCUAAUGGUUAUACGGAGGAUGCUGUUGCUGGAUACUCCGAGUCAGAAGAUUCAGAUUUUGAAUUGGAUUCGCCUUCUACUGACGCCUCGGGAUCUCUCGCGUCCACCAGGCUCAGCACAAGCACCCAAAGUCUUUGGGUUUCCCCAACUUCUGUCAGUACGCUUGACAGCGGUGAGCAGAGCAUUGAUGUGGAUGAUAAAAGCACAGAACCAUUGUGGAGCGCUCACGGCGUCGGGCCGAAACAACUCAAGAAGCAGAGACAAAAGAAGUCCCGUAAGGCACGACUUCUGAGCAUCUUAUCCGGAAGCACCAGUCGAAAACUUGGCGGUGUCAACAAACGAACCAAUGAAUAUGAAAUUUGCAUGGAUGCCUCCACUCCUUUGCAGCGAAGAGUGCGGUCACCUGUUUGCCUGGCGAUGAUAGGCGUGGUCAACACACAGCUCACUCCAACUCGCACCUCCUGCUGCCUCGCUAAGCACAGCGAGCUCAUAUCCGUCAAAUGCAGCUGGUGCUUUUUUUCUGUCAUGAUUGGUUUUAACCAUAACUGCCCCUACCAUUGUCUGUUAGAAAUGAACAGUCUGAGGCAAGCUGAUGGAGACCAAUUGCGCCAACUGGUAGACGAGUCGGUGAGAGACAAGAUCCGCCGCCCAAGUCUGCUUACCUACGAACUCGUCGAUCUGUACUACCCCCAACCUCAGCGCAGACGACCCCUUGUGUUUGUUGGGCCAAAACACGUCGGCAGGCAACUGCUUAUCGAAGGCCUCAUACGCGGAGAUCCGAAACGCUUCGCUAUGCCCGACAUACAUACAACGAAUCCAGAUGCAAAGUCCACAGAAUUCCAGCACUACGAAAUCAUCAGCAAACAGGAAUUCCAGCGAAUGCAUCGCGAGAAGUUGUUUGUUGAAUGGGGGGUCUACAACCACCACUACUAUGGCACCAAAGUUUCAAGUAUCGAAGUUAUAGUGAAGGCGGGCAAGGUUUGCGUUAUCGCUCUGCGUCCGGAUGACGAAGAACUUAAGGUCUGUAUUGAUGAGAGCCAGAAAAUGGAAGAACACUACGGGCACUUUUUUGAGUUCUUAAUUGUCCCUCAGACACAGGAAACUGCAAUAGCAGAGUUAAAGAGAAUCGCUCUUGAUCUUGAAAGGAAGCCGCAAUGGGUUCCCGCGCAGUGGAUCGACGUCGCCUGGCAAGUGGCUGCACAGGCGAUGCGGGAGGCCGGCCAUCACACCUCCUCGGAAGAUGUUCUUGUCGAUUCCUCAAAAUACUAG